AUGAAUUCUGAACAGUUACCGAGAACUAAUCACCUGUACCACGAAAAACAGCAGUUGCAACUAUGUUUGUUGCACACGUUGAAUACACUGUUGCAGAAGAAUGAAUUCAAGAAAAAUGAUUUGGAUUGCAUUGCGGAAAGUCUGCAUGAUUCACGUUGGUUCAAUCGUCAUCGUUCCCUUUUGGGGCUCGGAAAUUACGAUGUUAACGUGUUGAUAGCAGCGUUAGAGAUGAAAAAUUUGACUUUGAAAUGGUUUGAUUCUCGAUAUUCUACUGCUAAUUUGAAUUUGUCCAAGAUUUUUGGCUUGGUAUUCAACAUUACCACACGUUCUUAUUUAUCCCUUUGGGCUGGGCAUCACUGGUUUACUGUACGGCAAAUAGGCGAUGCUGGUUUUUUUAAUUUUGAUUCUAAACUAAGUGAACCCAUACCUAUUCAAGACCUUGUUUCAUUUUCUGAUUCACUGCUGGCACAGGGAGCUCAACUGCUGGUUGUUCUUGAACCUGAAAAUGUUGGCACUUACUUGUUAAAUAAUGAAAGCUGUGCCUGA